AUGGCCCUACCGAGGUUGAGGGUGAAUGCCAACUUGGAGGAGAAGUUGGUUCAUCCGAACCACAUGGUGUACCAAAAGAUGGAAGCCCUUGUUAAUCACAUGCUUGACGCAGAGUCCGGUGUUCCGAUCAAAACCGUCAAAAGUUUCCUUUCCAAGGUGCCAUCCGUUUUCACGGGUCAAGAUCUCAUAGCAUGGAUUAUGAAGAGUUUGGAUAUGUCAGACCUUUCUGAUGCUCUCCAUCUUGCACACCUCAUUGCAUCGCAUGGGUACCUUUUUCAAAUAGACGACCAUGUUCUUACUGUGAAGAACGAUGGAACUUUCUAUCGGUUUCAAACUCCCUACUUUUGGCCAUCUAAUUGCUGGGAGCCUGAAAAUACCGAUUACGCGGUCUAUUUGUGUAAGCGGACGAUGCAAAAUAAAGCGCAUUUGGAGUUGGAGGAUUUCGAGGCUGAGAAUCUAGCUAAGCUUCAAAAGAUGUUUAGUAGAAAAUGGGAAUUUGUGUUCAUGCAAGCUGAAGCUCAAUACAAAGUCGACAAGAAGCGAGAUCGCUUGGAACGGCAAAUUUUAGACAGCCAAGAAAGAGCUUUCUGGGACGUCCACCGGCCAGUGCCAGGAUGUGUUAACACAACGGAGGUUGAUUUCCGUAAGUUGUCUCGUUCUGGACGACCUAAGUAUAGCUCCGGCGGGCAUGCGGCCUUGAAUGCAGCUGCUUCGUCCGGUUGUAGUCCAUAUUCUACCAGUGCUGCAGCAGCGCAUGCCAGUUUACCUUCCACAUCAAAUGGAGCACCAGCGGCAGCUCAGCAAGCGUCUCAGACCAGUGCAAGCUCUUCGUCAAGUGGAGGUGGGGGCUCAUUUCGAAACAACUACUAUGCGCGACCCGGCUUAAGGAGAUGUACACAAGUUCAAGAUACUCUGAAAUUAGAAAUUAAUCAGCUCAACAAUCGAUUAUCGAAAAAUGUAUUACGGACGUCCAAAGUUGUAGAAAACUACUUAGCCUACCACGAACAACGCAGAGUAUUUGAUCCAUUCCUUACGCCUUUGGGAUCUGUAUCUGAUCCUUUCCAAAGUCAGCCCAAUCCCUGGAUCAGCGAUACUGUUGAUUUUUGGCAGCAUGACAAGAUAACCGGUGAUAUUUCCACUCGACGUUUGAAAUUAUGGGAAGAAUGUUUCGAGGAACUACUCGCUGAUUUGCUUGGCCGGGAAACACUGCAAAAGUUCCUUGACAAGGAGUAUUCAGGCGAGAAUCUCCGCUUUUGGUGGGAGGUUCAAAAGUUGCGGAAGUGCAGCUGUAGAAUGGUUCCUGUUCUCGUAACCGAGAUUUACAACGAGUUCAUUGAUUCAAACGCGACUUCACCGGUGAAUGUGGAUUGCAAGGUUAUGGAAAUAACAGAGGAGAAUCUGAAAAACCCAAAUCGGUGGAGCUUCGACGAAGCUGCGGAUCAUAUAUUCUGCUUAAUGAAAAAUGACAGCUAUCAGCGUUUUCUCCGUUCUGACAUCUACAAGGACCUCCUCAUUCAAUCGAAGAAGAAGGUAAAUAGUUCCUGCGACAUUGGUAUACGUUUUCCAACGUUGCCAGGCUUUUCUUCGAACACAGUUGGAUCGUCUAGCUGCUCACCUACAACUGCAACUACAGUAGGUAUUUGA